AGGAAAUCUCUACCGUUGCGUCUGGGCAAACAUGUCGCUGCUUCCAUGAGGUUAAGACAUCGUUGGUGGCUGGCUUGUCUAGAAUCCGCAAUACUUGACAAAAGGGUCUCUCGCUUUCCCAAUCAGAGGCCUUGACACAUCUUUACAGGGGGAGUGACGAGCGAUCGAGUUCCUUCUCGUCUUCCCACGACAUGGAUACUUCUAUCUCAGGACUUCAACAACAACAUUUAGAAGAUCUCGAAAAACUGACUCUAGUAACUCAGCCCUUUAGGACCUUGAAGCUAUUCAUCUUGGCUAUUGUUCAGUCCCUUAAAGGAUUGGCAGCCUACCUUCUCGCUAAAGGUGGCUUGCUAAUGCUUCUCAGUAUCAGUGCAGCCGCUCUUGCUAUACUGCUGUUGGUGUUAGAUGGAUCCCACAGCAAGCACUUUGAAGAGUUGUAUAGGUACAUCCAGUUUGGAUUAUGGUGGAUAGCACUUGGAGUUGCAUCUUCAAUUGGUCUGGGAUCGGGUCUGCAUACUUUUGUCCUUUACCUAGGUCCUCACGUUGCUCUGUUCACGAUUAAAGCAAUGCAAUGUGGGCGCAUUGAUUUGAAAAGUGCCCCAUAUGACACGAUACGGUUGAAGACUGGUCCGUCAUGGCUCGAUAAGGAGUGCUCCGAAUUUGGUCCCCCAUUAUUUGAACUGAUGAAUGGUGUACGAGUCCCCCUUUUCAGCAUACUACCUCAGGUUCAGGUAGAAGCUGUCCUAUGGGGCAUUGGGACUGCACUCGGAGAGCUUCCUCCAUAUUUUAUCUCCAGGGCAGCUCGAUUAUCUGGUAAUGACCUGGAGACCAUGGAACAACUGAAUGAUUCCUCAAGUAAAGACGGAGGAAUCAUUUCAAGCCACCUCAGACAAAUCCAAAACUGGUUCCUUUCUCAUUCUGAGCAUUUGAACUUCCGCACAAUCUUAGCGCUUGCUUCAGUGCCAAAUCCUCUCUUUGACCUUGCUGGGAUCAUGUGCGGUCAAUUCGGGGUUCCAUUUUGGAAGUUCUUUCUGGCAACUGUGAUCGGGAAAGCAAUCAUUAAAACCCAUAUCCAGACAAUCUUUAUAAUAUCAGUAAGCAAUAACCAGCUGCUACACUGGGUCGAGAAUAAGCUAAUUUGGGUCCUGAGCUUUGUACCGGGCCUGGCUCCUUUCUUGCCCAGCAUGGUAAACCGACUUAAUGCUGUCAGAAACAAGUAUCUGACUGGACCCUCUCCCGCGAACUCCAACACAAAGGUGAAGAAAUGGGAUCUCUCCUUGGCUUCAAUAUGGAACACCGUGGUCUGGCUUAUGCUCAUCAACUUCUUCUCGAAGAUCGUGACUGCCACCGCUCAGAAGUACCUGAAGGAACAGCAGCAGAAGGAGAUUGAUAGGCUCAACAAAUUACACCCACAGGCUGUCUCGACUCAGUGAAAGCCCUCGAGGAAGUCGCCACUUCAAAGUAGAGGUAUGAAGUCAGAGCCUCGUCAGUCGGGAUCAUGCCUGUUGCAAAUGCCUACUUCAAAGCGGCGUAUGGUAAAUUGACCAUGGCUAAGUCAAUAGAUUAGGGGGAGGCGAAGGAAAUUUGAAAGACCAGAAAGUUUGGCAUCUGCUGUCUGUCGGGGAGCAAUGAGUAGAUCACUAUUCUUUUGGAUCUUAUAAUCAUAUCAUCAUUUGUAUAUAUAGCUGAUAUUCGAAUAUUCCGGGGUAAUAUUCACUAGAUUGCUACGUAGAAAAUCGAAGAUGUUUUCAAUUUAAUAUUUAAUUUAAUACUAAUUAAAUAUGACGCUCGAUUAAUGUUUUCUAGUUUUAAUCA